GUUGUCAGCCUUUUAAUACAUCUUACUUUAUCAAGGUUCCAAAGUCAAUCCGUGUCAAAUUGCACAGUUUCAGGGCAGAUCUAAUUAUGGAGUUCUCUCCAAUGUCAUCCUUAGUCUAGUUUCUAGUAUUAAAACUCUCACACUGCAACAUGAUCUUCAUCGGCAGCUCAACUCAUUUUAACAGCAUAUUCUUUCUCAAUUGAUAAUCAUGAAGGCUUCUCUUUUUACCGCGCUGCUUGCCCAGGCUUUGGCCGCAAGUGCUUCGCAGAUGUACUGUAACGGUGGACAAGGUCUCGCAAGUGGAAACACCUGUGACGGAAAAGGAGCAAACUCCUACUGCUGCUCCACGAAACAAACAUCAGCAUUCCCUACAUUCCGAGGAUUAUGCUUCAGCCCGCAGAGCAUUCGUGACCAGGAGGAUACCUCUCAGCUGUGCUCUGGAGGUUACGUCUACUGCUGCGACUAAGCUACUGGAGCGCGUAUCGAUUCUUGAAACAAGUGCUGGGGGAGUACUCAGAAGGUCAUCAUGGUUGUUGAGGACGACCACCCUGAACGUGCAUGAUCUAAGUAUGCCGUAUGCGCUGUCAGUCGAAAAUCGGUACAGGAGGCCUGCCAGGAUGGAGCGGCUGAUGGGGUUUAUUAUCAAUAACACAGUAGAUGAGAACUAUUUCACUCUAAUAUAGGCGUCGGUGCGGCGGCAAAAUCUCAAAACAUCCAUACCGUCUCCAGGCCCAAUCAUGAUGGCACCAUCACACAGUCAGACCGUCAGUCAACACCAAGAGGUGUAUUUGUCUAUUUUUUUUCAUCAUUUUUCCUAUCUCAGAUAUUCUUUUUUCUUUAUCUAUCGUAAUGCUAUUAUUAAACAUGAUAUGACUUUACAAAAUGAUAGAAUAGGGUUAAUGGUUCAAUAUAGAGAUCCAGAACAAAGG